AUGCUCCCUGGAAAUGAAGGCUCCUUGUGGGCCAUAAUAUACCGGAGUGACUAUGACUGGGAGAAGAGUUUCGUCUUGCAGUACAAUCAGUUGCAGUCCUGGCUCAGUGAUAUCCGCGACGCUUUAUGCGAAUCUCAGGGCUUGCAUACUAUGUCCUACGAAGACUUGGAAAUGCAGAUCCGAUAUAUUAUGUCCCUUCUUGGACAAUUUUCAUCGCAAGAGUCUAGCUUGGCUCAAACGUGCUUCGAACAACCUUGUUUUCCUUACAGACCAUUUGGUGUGGGAGCCAGUAUCGCUCUAAUAUGCUACGCUUUCAUGGGUAUUGACGCUCUGCACAUACGGGGCUACGAGUCGAAGGAGAUCUGGUUACGUGACGAGCUGUUCUGUUCUGCCAUGCUGGAGCAUCUGAGAAUGUCACCAAUAUUCCCAUCUGACCUCUCGAUGGGACAGCUGCAGUCCAUCCUCACAAGCCUUCAAAGGGCGUUCCAGAACGAAGAAGUCAGGGUUGCGGCGGUACUUCCCCAAAGAAUUGAUGUCAAAAACAGAGCAGAGGUGAUAGACUAUUACACGCAUGCAUUCUUAUCGUUAGAUCCGCUCCUUCUUUCCAGAAUCUGUCUGGUUUGGGGAUUAAGCCAUUUGCUAACUGCACCAUUCGUGAUUUGGCCACCACCUCUGCAAAUUUGUUCUACAGCAAAGAUCUGA